AUGCAGGUCCGGCAGCUGCUGCACACAGGCGGCUCGGCCGCCACGGCGCUGCGCAGGAUGAGGAGCAUUAUAGUGGGGCCGCUGUUCCCGGGCAGAGGCGGCGGCGGCUUUCGGUUCUCGGGGGUCUAUCAGGUGCAACUGGUAUCCACAGCGACAGGUGAUACAGUUAACAUUGGUGAUGUGAAGUUUAAGUUGAAACUGCCAACAAACCCUGAACUUGUCCCAUUUAAGCACAUAUCAGAUCCUGUACCUCAGGCAGUAGCGCAGCAUCUUCGAUGGAUCAUGCAGAAAGACCUGCUGGGCCAAGAUGUGUUCCUCAUAGGACCCCCAGGUCCGCUACGUCGCUCCAUUGCUAUGCAAUAUUUGGAACUGACAAGGCGAGAAGUAGAGUACAUGGCACUAUCGAGAGAUACGACCGAGACAGACCUCAAGCAGCGGAGAGAGAUUCGGGAAGGAACCGCGUUUUACAUUGAUCAGUGUGCCGUUCGUGCAGCGACUGAAGGCAGGAUACUUGUCCUAGAGGGUUUGGAGAAAGCUGAGCGCAAUGUUCUACCUGUUCUAAACAAUUUAUUGGAAAACCGGGAAAUGCAGCUGGAAGAUGGGCGUUUUCUAAUGUCUGCAGAACGUUAUGACAAACUGCUGAAGGAACAUACCAAGGAAGAGUUGAAUGCAAUGAAGAUCGUGAGGGUUAGUGAAGAUUUUAGAGUCAUCGCGUUGGGUCUACCAGUUCCAAAGUAUCCUGGAAAUCCUUUGGAUCCCCCACUUCGUUCACGGUUCCAAGCCAGAGACAUUUAUUACUUACCGUUUAAGGAUCAAUUAACACUCUUGUAUGCCAUUGGACCAAAUGUGCCUGCUGAGAGAGUAUCUCAGAUGUUGUCCUUCGCUACAACGCUCUGCUCUCAAGAGUCAACAACUCUUGGCUUGCCCGAGUUCCCUGUGGAUAACCUCCAAGCUGCCAUCAAAAUCUUGGAUGUGUUUCCAAUGAUGUCGACGCAACAAUUACUCCAGCGACUUUAUCCAUUCGAUGUAAUGCUUGGCAACGAAGGCAGAACUGGAGUGAAGGACGUGCUGAAAACAUUCGAGUUAUUGGAAUCCAGAAGUCCCUGCAUUCUUCAAAUUGUUUCUGCAAUAAAAGGCAAAGCUUCACAUGCACAAGUCACUGUCCAAGUCAGUGGCAAAGAGGUGGCCUUUCAGGUUCCUAUCGGAACAAGACCUUUGAGGUUGCACACUACCUCGCAAGAUUUUGUUAGGACAGACAACCAUGACCAGCUCCUGGCAGAGAUGAUGCAGUCUCACAUGGUGAAGGACAUAUGCCUAAUUGGUGGGAAGGGAUUUGGGAAAACCGUGAUUGCAAAGGAAUUUGCUGACCUUUUGGGUUACAGCGUUGAACCUAUUAUGCUCUAUCAGGACAUGACUGCCAGAGAUCUGCUGCAGCAGCGCUACACACUUCCCAAUGGUGACACUGCCUGGCGACCUUCACCUCUGAUUACUGCUGCCUUAAAAGGAAAACUCGUUGUCCUUGAUGGCAUUCAUCGCGUUAACCCUGGAACCCUAUCAGUUCUUCAGAGGUUAGUCCAUGACAGGGAAUUGACACUUUACGAUGGCUCCAGGUUACUCAGACCAGACAGGUAUCAGGCUCUAAAACAGGAGCUGCAACUUUCUGAUGAAGAUCUACAAGCCAGAUACAUUUUCCCCAUCCAUCCAUCAUUCAGGAUUAUAGCCUUGGCUGAACCUCCUGUGGUGGGAAGUAACACUCAACAAUGGCUGGGGUCAGAGCUGCUAACUAUGUUCCUGUUCCAUAGCAUCAGAUCGUUCUCCAUGAAAGAGGAAAUUGAUGUUAUCACAGGAAUGAAUCCCAAUGUCCCUAAAAAAGCUGUUCAACAAUUGCUACGUUUUACACACAAGCUUCGACAGACCAGUGACCCUACAGCACAAUCACUCGCCUCAUCACUUUCCACACGCCAGUUACUCCGAAUCUGCCGCCGCUUUGCCCAGUAUCCAGAGGAAAGUCUCCACCAUGCCAUAAAUAAAGCCUGUCUCUCCAGGUUUUUACCAAAUCUGGCCAGGUCGGCUUUGCACAUGAAUCUAAAGGAUUCUGGAAUUGUCGCAACCUCUGAAGAUGUGGAGGCACAAGAAGAGAGCAACUACACGUGUGAGAUAAACUCUGGAAUGCUUACAAUUGGGAAGACUUCUGUUCCGCUCUUUAAUCCAGAUGAAAAGAUGAAAGUGCCAGAUGUUCUUUUUUAUGAAAACACUCAGCACAUGGAGGUGAUGGAGGACAUGCUCAAAGACUACAUGCUGGGAGAGCAUCUUCUUUUAGUUGGGAACCAGGGUGUGGGGAAGAACAAGAUUGUUGAUAGGUUCCUGCAUUUACUGAACAGACCCAGAGAGUACUUACAGCUUCACAGGGACACGACUGUGCAGAGCUUGACUUUACAGCCAUCUGUACAAGGUGGUGUUAUCGCGUAUGAAGAUUCCCUCUGCAAAUUAACCGUGAAGGCUGUUAAAAGUGGACAUAUUUUGGUCAUUGAUGAAGCUGACAAGGCACCGACUAAUGUAACUUGCAUCCUUAAAACGUUAGUGGAAAGUGGAGAGAUGAUUCUUGCUGACGGAAGAAGAAUUGUUGCCAAUCCAGCUGAAGCAGAAGGAAGAUCUGAUGUGAUAGUAAUUCAUCCGGAUUUCCGAAUGAUAGUUCUGGCAAACAGACCAGGGUUUCCUUUUCUGGGUAACGACUUCUUUGGUGCUUUAGGUGAUAUUUUUAGCUGCCAUGCAGUUGAUAAUCCCAAGCCAAACUCUGAACUAGCCAUGCUGCGGCAAUAUGGUCCUAAUGUCCCAGAAGCCGUCCUCCGUAAGCUUGUAUCUGCCUUUGGGGAGCUGAGAAGUAUGGCUGAUCAAGGAAUAAUAACCUACCCAUACUCAACAAGGGAAGUUGUAAAUAUCGUUAAGCAUUUAGAGAAAUUCCCCAAUGAAGGACUUGCCAACGUGGUUCGCAAUGUGUUUGAUUUUGAUUCGUAUAGUGGGGAAAUGCGUGAAAUUCUGAUCAGCGCUUUGCACAAGCAUGGGAUCCCAAUUGGAGCCAAGCCUACCAGCGUUCAUCUGGCAAAGGAGUUGCCUUUGCCAGACUGCAGUUUAACUGGUUACUGGACGUUCAACCAGUCAGGAAGCACGCAACAGAAGUUUCUUUGUCCCACGGCAUCUCGGCAACUUACCAUAAAGGGUCCCGUCCACCUGAAGGUUCAGCGCUAUCCAUUGGAGCGUCACGAGGCGAGGGGACUUGCCUUCACAGAGGAACAGGCUCACUGGAACAUUCCUCUGCAUGAAGUUAAUAUAGUCUGUGACGUUGCUGUAGCCAAAGAUGAUACCAAAGAGACCAUUUUUGUGGCUACCUGCAAUCCGGUUUGCCUGUACUCAAUGAGCGCAACUGGCAACACCGUAUACCACAUGGAUCUGUAUGAUGUCUUCCCUCGCACAGCUACUGGCAUCUGGCAGCCACUUGUGACACUUGCUCCACUGGGCCACUCUCUCCACAACCAAGUAGUACUUCACGAAGAGCAGAGCAACGUGAUCCUGGUGCUAAACCUGGGCAAUGGUGCUGUCUCUCGAGUCCUCUUCCCCGGAGAGCGACAGGAGUUUCCGAAGAAAUCAAAGUGGUGGAUGAACAAGGAGGAUCAGAAUGUUUACAGAAUGUGCAAGGAGUUUUCACACAAAAAUUGGCUAGUGUUCUACAAAAAGCAGGGGAAUUCCCUGGAUGUGCUGGAUGUUCUGGAGGGUCGUGCUUAUUCCAUAACUCUGCCCAUCAAUAUCAAGUCUGUUUUUCUCGUGGCUGAAGACAGGUGGCUGGUGGUGGAAAGUAAAACCAACAAGAAGUUCCUGCUGACUAAACCGAUGCACAUUGAGUCUGACAUGUCCGGAGUUUGCCAGCUGCAUGAAGUAAAUGAAGAGCCGGUCAGCACAGGAUUUGGAUUGACAGCAGCUCUCGAACUGUCAAACCCUUCUGCAGUGUCAGCACAAGAGUUGCCACCGGAAAACCUGAGUGCAGCUCUGGACCAGACAAUUGCAUCUCCAAACAGGAUUCUCUCGGAUAAUCAGAGCUAUGCAACCAUUAUAGUUGGAUUUCCAGAUUUAUUGUCUCCCAACGAGGUGUACUCAUGGAAAAGGUCGGCACCACUGGACAAUACAGGGACAAAUUUGCCAACAGAUAUGAUCUAUGGGAAUCGGAUAUCUGGGAAAGUGAAACAGAGAAACUGUGUAAUCCUGACAGGAAGCAAUCAGGUGAUCCGAGCUGUGGCUGCCAGAAAGGUGCCUUUGAGUCAAAUCUACUCACAAGAUGCGACUCCUCCAAAAGCUGCUGGAUACUUGGAGAUUACAGAUCUGAACACCAAAAAGAUUAAAUAUAUCCCUGUUCCUAGCCCACAGUUCCACUCUCCGUACACUCAGUGGCUUUCUAAGAUUUCAGACACGGAUGUUCUGAUAGCACCCAUGGGAGAUGGGGGGCUGGUGACAGUGGAUAUGGGAGGUCAUGUCCGACUCUGGGAAACUGGAUUCAGUAAUCUACAGCGCUCCCUGCUGGAAUGGAAAAACAUGAUCGGAAACGAGGAUGGAAGAAGACCUGUGCAGAUCACAAUUCAAAAGGAGAGUGGAUUAGAUGUGGACUCCCCAAAACAUGGAAGAUUUGAUCCAGACAACACACCACAUGUUGGAGGGAACACAUGGGCAGGAGGGACAGGUGGGAGAGAUACUGCGGGGCUGGGUGGGAAAGGUGGACCCUAUCGACUGGAUGCAGGACAUAAGGUGUACCAGGUGUCUCAGGCCGAAAAAGACGCUGUGCCGGAAGAUGUGAAGAGAGCUGCGAGGGAGAUGGGCGAGAAAGCGUUCAAACAGAGAUUGAAGGAAAUCCACAUGAGCGAGUACGAUGCUGCCCAUUAUGAGACAUUUUCAGGCGCUGUGCGACGGCAGGUUCAGUCCCUACGAGUCAUCCUCGACACGUUGCAGGCAAAAGGCAAAGAGCGGCAGUGGCUCAGAAACCAGGCUAUCGGGGAGCUGGACGACACCAAAAUAAUCGAUGGGCUGACAGGCGAAAAAGCGAUUUAUAAACGUCGGGGAGAGCUGGAGCCUGAAGUUGGUAGCCCACAAGAGAAGCCAAAGCGCUUGCGCUUGGUCGUAGACGUGUCUGGCAGCAUGUACCGCUUCAAUGGAGUGGACGGCAGGUUGGAGCGCUCCAUGGAGGCUGUCUGUAUGGUGCUCGAAGCCUUCGAAAACUACGAAAACAAGUUGAAGUACGACAUUGUUGGCCACUCUGGAGAUGGAUUCAACAUCGAGCUGGUCAGGAGUGACAAGAUUCCAAAGGACAACAAGCAGCGUCUACAGAUUAUUAAGACGAUGCACGCCCACGCCCAGUUUUGUAUGAGCGGUGACCACACCCUUGAAGGGACGGAACAUGCCAUUCGUGAGAUUGCUCGAGAAGAGGCAGACGAGUAUUUUGUGAUUGUACUGAGCGAUGCCAACCUGGAACGAUACGGUAUCAGUCCUGCAAGGUUUGCCCAAGUGUUAACUUGUAGCCCGCAGGUCCAUGCCUUUGCUAUCUUCAUCGGAUCCCUGGGUGAUCAGGCAGAAAGGCUCCAGAGGACUCUACCGGCUGGGCGGUCAUUUGUUGCCAUGGACACCAAGCAGAUCCCACAGAUUCUACAGCAGAUCUUCACGUCCACUAUGUUGUCCACUGCUUAAGCGCUGUCGCAGUGGAAGUGGUCUGUGCAUGGGACUCGCCCGAGGAGGGGGAGGGAAGGGCGAAAAAAGAACAAGAUUGGUUUACAUGUAUAUUCAGUUAGUAGGUCUCUGCUGGGCGUCCAUGCAAUGACCCUGUGACCCUCAAUGACCUUCGCUUGCAAGCCCUCAGUGGGAUGACAGGGAUAGCUUGGAACGUCGGGAUGGCGACCUCAUCAGCCUCCGCCACCACACGUUUUCACGGUGAGGAGUGGAUUCUGAAGCUGCUCAAAGUAUGGCACCAGGGCACAAAGCAGCAGCCUUCAUCUUCUUCACACGUUAGCCUUUAACUAAUAUUCUUUACACUUUGAUUUUGUACCCUUACAAACUGAAUGUUUAAAUGUAAGAGUACACUUGCAAUAAACAGGAGCAUGAUUAAAAUCACAGUUUUACACCACUAAAUCUAGUCACCAGGACAGGUGGAUUUCAAGCCCUUAUUCUGAUUGCUAAAUCAAUCCCAUUUAUCGUAAAUGAUUUUAAGUAAGGUAUUCCAAAAGUUAAUGGGUUCUUGAGAAACGCUGUGAAUUUUGGGACCAUCCCCGUUACUAGGUGCAAUGAGAAUAAUUAUUCAAGAGGAUUAUCCUUUUUGAAUGGGAUUCUUUGAUGAAGGUUGGAGCAUCUGUCAAUAAGUGAGGUGCUUUCAGUCCAGUGAGUCUGAGUUUCUCAGAAGAGAUACUGUGGCUUUUACCAAAAGGCACUGUUACUGAUGUCAUUAGCCCUUUGAAACCCCAUGUAAUAGAAAAAGCUUCAGACAGUCCUGUUUAUUUAUCCAGUGUUUAAUUCUGUCUUCUUGUGAAUCACACAGUUCUGUCUCUCUUCUACGUGUUUCCAGUUACUAAAGCCAAACUACAAUUAACCCAGAAUUAAACAUUGUUCGGUAAUUAAUCAGCAGUUAUUGGCAGAAAUGUACAUUUCUGAUUUGUGAAAAAAAUUCCAAGGCAGAUUGCUAAAUCUAUUCAAUUUCUCUUAAGCAAUAUUAAAAUGUAUUAGUGAUAAUCGUCUGAUUUCCAAGUAUCUCCUGUCUGUGAUACAAAUAGUAAAAUAGUAAGACUGAGAACAAAAGAGAAAUGAAAGCUGCCGAGCACAUAUUGGUCAAAGUCAAAGACCGGAUGGUCAUCACCGCGCAUCACUGAAAGGUUAGAAGAAUCCUGAAAAAUAAAACAUUACUCAAAAAGCACCUGGAAACAAGUUUUAAAGGAGAAGACAACUGUGCUAGCACCCAGCGUGUUCAGCUUUCAUCUUUGCUGAUUUGUUCCACGUUUUCUUUUCAGAUUAUCUAUACUCACACACCUGCUCUGUGGAGCCCUGUAUCAUCCACCUUGUCCACAAUAGAGAAUCCAUGUCAGUGAGAUGUCAGUGACUGUGCUUUGUUCUCAUUGCCACUGGUGCUGAUGUGUUUAUAUAUUGUAUAUAAUAUAGUUUAUCUUUAGCAAUGCAAAACACAACAAAUGCACAGGAGAAUGUGAAAGAUUCUAGCAAUCUUUCUGUAAGAAGACUAAAGAUGUAAAUGGUGAUUGUUCUAAAUAUUGUAAACUGGUAAACAAAUGUAAACAGUAAAUUAGCCUAAAGAUGAUUUGAUUUGUAACAGGAUUCCCACAAUAAAAUUCAACAUAUUUAUCAAG